AUCCUGCCCCGGCUGUGCCCUUGCAGCCUGGCUGUGGGGUGGGGUAGGACAGCCAGGGUCACGUGGAAUUGGGUUCAGUGGGAGGAAGCCAGGCUGGGUGCAGACGGCUGCUGAUUCUGGGGCUGGCCAGGAAAUCAAGGAUCGCCUCCGCCAUGGACUCACCGUCACCGAGCCAGCUCUGCCAACCCCAGCCCGCGGCCCCGUCUCCACUGACAUCCUACCGCUGGCACCUGGGGGGCAGUGGGGAGAAGGGGUCUGGAGGCUUCCGCUGGGGCCGCCUCGCCGGCUGGGGAAGGGCACUGAGUCACCAGGAGCCCAUGGUGAGCAGCCAGCCAGCCCCUCGUUCACUAUUCCGUCGGGUGCUCUCUGCACCCCCCAAAGAGUCACGGAGCAGUCGCCUCCGGCUUUCCAAGACCCUCUGGAGUCGGCACAAGAGCGCACCACUGGAGCCAGAGCCGGAGCCAGAGGCCGCAGAACCAGAGCUGGAGCCAGAGCCACUUGUCCCACAGCUCCCUGAGGCCCCCAGCCCGGAUGUGCCUGUCUGGGACAUCGGGGCCUUCACCCUGCUUGAUGGAAAGCUGAUGCACGUUAGAGGAGAGGAGGAGCAGGGUCCUCGCCGGCCCCGGGUGGGGAGCGCUAGCUCGGAGGGCAGCAUGCAUGUGGCCAUGGGAAAUCUCAGGGACCCAGAUCGAACCCCUGGGAAGACUGAGCCAGAGGCUGCUGGCUCCAGCCAAGUCCACAAUGUUCGGGGGUUGCUCAAGAGGCUGAAAGAGAAGAAAAAGUCCAGGUCGGACCUGGGAGCCAGCGUGGCUCGGGAUGGGCCCCCCAGCACUCUGGGCUCUAGAGAAUCGCUGGUCACCCUCUCCGAGCUGGACCUGGGCGCAGAGCGGGAUGUGCGGGUCUGGCCGCUGCACCCAAGCCUCCUAGGGGAGCCCCACUGCUUCCAGGUGACAUGGGCGGGCGGUAGCCGCUGCUUCUCUUGUCGUUCGGCUGCUGAGAGAGACCGCUGGAUCGAGGACCUUCGUCGCCACUUCCAGCCGAUCCAGGACAACGCAGAGCGGGAGGAGACGUGGCUGAGCGUGUGGAUCCACGAGGCGAAGGGGCUGCCCCGGCCGGCGGGGGCGCAGGGCGUGCGAGCAGAGCUGUGGCUAGACGGCUCGCUGCUGGCGCGCACCGCUCUGCGAGCCGGGGCGCUGCGGGCGCGGGUGCGGGCGCGUCGCCUGCGGGUGCUGCAGUCGGAGCGCUACAAGGAGCUGGCGGAGUUCCUCACCUUCCACUACGCGCGCCUCUGUGGGGCGCUGGAGCCCGCGCUGCCCGCCCAGGCCAAGGAGGAGCUGGCGGCCGCCAUGGUGCGCGUGCUGCAAGCCACCGGCCGGGCGCAGGCAUUGGUGACAGACCUGGGCACCGCGGAGCUGGCUCGCUGUGGAGGCCGCGAGGCGCUGCUGUUCCGAGAAAACACUUUAGCCACCAAGGCCAUUGACGAGUACAUGAAGCUGGUGGCGCAGGAUUACCUCCAGGAGACCCUGGGGCAGAUUGUAGGACGUCUCUGCGCCUCCACCGAAGACUGUGAGGUGGACCCCAGCAAGUGCCCAGCCCCAGAGCUGCCAGAGCACCAAGCCAGACUUCGGAACAGCUGUGAGGAGGUCUUUGAAACCAUCGUCCACUCCUACGAUUGGUUCCCGGCAGAGCUGGGCGCUGUGUUCUCAGGCUGGCGAGAAGCAUGCAAAGCACGAGGCUCUGAGGCUCUGGGCCCUCGACUGGUGUGCGCCUCCCUCUUCCUGCGGCUCCUGUGCCCUGCCAUCCUGGCACCCAGCCUCUUUGGCCUGGCACCAGAACACCCAGCACCAAACCCCGCCCGCACCCUCACGCUGAUCGCCAAAGUCAUCCAGAACCUCGCCAACCGUGCCCCGUUUGGUGAGAAGGAAGCCUACAUGGGCUUUAUGAAUAGCUUUCUGGAGGAUCAUGGACCAGCCAUGCAACACUUCCUGGACCAGGUGGCCAUGAUAGAUGUGGAUGCCGCACCCAGGGGUUACCAGGGCAGCAGCGACCUGGCCCUCCAAUUGGCUGUCCUGCAUGCCCAGCUCUGCACAGUCUUUGCUGAGCUUGACCAGGCAACCCGUGACAGCUUGGAACCGCUGCCCACCAUCCUACAAGCCAUUGAGGAAGGACGACCGGUACCUGUGUCCGUGCCAAUGAGUCUCCCGCCACAGGAGGGAGGCCACACCAGCUUCUCCUCAAGGGAAAAGCCCGGCUUCCUGGCACCCCGGGACCUCUCCAAACACACUCCUCUCAUCAAGAGCCAGUCUCUGCGCACCUUUCAAGGCGCAGGGAGCUGGGCCCGGCGGCAGGCGGAGGAGGAGCGACCCCCGCGGCGGGCCCGGCCGGUGCAGCGAACUCAGAGCGUCCCUGCCACCCGACGCCGCGCAUCCCUGGGGCCCCAAUCGCGCCCUAAAGGCGCCAUCCGAUCCGGCCACCCGGCCCGCGGCCGGCCCUGGACCGGAGUCUCUGCCUCGCUGCCUCGAAAGCCAUCGGUGCCCUGGCAGCGCCAGCUAGACCAGCCGCGGGACCGAAACCAGGCGUCAGGCACACACCGACCUGUGGGCAAGCUGGCAGAACUGCAGGGUGAAGUGGCCGCGCUGCGCGAGGAGCAGAAAGCGCUGUCCCGCCUGGUGGAGUCGCUGAGCACUCACAUCCGGGCCCUGACAGAGCAGCAGGAGAAGCUGAGGGGACAGCUGCAGGAGCUGGACACCAGGCUCCGCGCGGGCACCUCGGAGCUGGAUCCAGAGGGUAGUCUUCCAAGUGGUGAAAGCCGUAGGUUGAAAAGUCUGGAGUGCCGCCUGACUAAGAUGGAGCACACUCAGACCCAGCUGAAGGGUUCAGUCCAGAGCCUACAACUCCUUCUGAGGACGCCGGGGCCUGGAAGCCAGUCCCCGCCGCUCCAAGCACCCUGCGUCAAUGGAGAUACCACCUGAGCGGCCCAUCCCACCCCAUGUGCCCCAGGAGCACAGCUGUCUUGGGGAAGGGUCUGACUCUGCCUUAGACCAAGCAGGCCUAAGGCAGAGUGUGUAGCUGUGGGUGCCAACCAUUCUGGUCCUGUGAAGUUGUGCAGUAAAAUCUUGAUUUCAGUAUAACUGG